AUGCCACCUGCCAAGUCAGUCUCCUUCGAGCUCCUGCUGGACGAGGGCUCCAAGACCAGGGCCAGAAUCCCACUGCGGGUAGUGCUCAAUACGCAUGACAGCACAGAGUCUAUCAUAACGACAGUCAAGAACUUCUAUGGCAUAUACGAUGGGAAUGGAGUGAGCUUUGAAGACGCCUGGGGCAACACUCUCAUUGCCUCGUACGACAAUCUCGCCCACGACUCUACUGUCUAUGUGCGCAUUGUGCCGGCUCCACAGGCAACUUCGAAUGUAUACCCACUGGGCUUACACAUUGGAGAGAGUGGCUAUGAACCUAGACGUCGACCCAGCUUGGGCGAACCCUUCCAGAUGUUACCCCCUCACAUGCGCGAGCAAUCCCACUCGCCCUCGAGGCCUGCGUCGAGAGUCGCUCGCAAGCGAAGCAUUUCUCCAACGCAAGGACGAGGUCGUCGAAGUGUGUCGCAGCAGAAAGGGAUGGCUUAUACGGCUGCCAGCCGAGGAUCAAGUGCCACGGGAAGCUACCAUGACGAGAACGGAUAUAGCGACAGUGAAGCUGGGCGCAGCUCAGUCUCAGGAUCCAAGAAAGCUCGAAGCGAACAGUUUGCGAGCUCCGACAUCAGUACUGCUAACGUCCUUCAAGACGGCCGACGUGGGCAGCCAAUCUUUGACAGUUCGACCCUUCCUCUUUUUGUACCUCCCCAGGUUCCGGUGACUGCGUCCCAGUCUUCUAUAUCACCUCAGCGACGUUCGCUCCCGCAAGAAGGCCCUUCGCCCUUGCACCCUUCCGGUCAGAAGAUCUAUGGACUACAAAAUAUCCCUAUACUCUCUCCGCAGAGCUAUGGACCCAGUCCCAAUGGGUUUGCUGGUGGGGAUCGAAGAUCGGGCGCAGAUGUUAUAACUCCUAUACCCCAACAUGGCCACCGUCUGCGUGACAGAUCCAGCAUGCAGUACACCCAUGGUGGGAGACAAGGAUAUCCUGUGAACGGGGUCCUACCCACACCGGAUCCCACAGUGGCAAGUUGCAUCUCAGAUGAAGAUGUCGCUCGUACACUGAUUGCCUUGGGCGACGCUUCCAACUACUCCCAUGGGCGCACCUCCAAUUCGACCAUGGAUGAGACUUUCAGUGGUGUUGCCGACGCCGCUUCGUCCACCGGCGCUACAAGCGAUAGUGAUGAAUACAGCGAUGCAGAGGGCGGCCUCCCCAAAUACAGAAAGUAUCUUGACGAUGAGGAUGAGGAAUAUGCUCACGACAGCAUCAAGGGUGAUCACGAGGAUUAUGAGGGUCAGCCCAAGACGAAGAAGAUCAAGACCAAGAUGCAUGAUGGCCCAUCCAACGGGUAUCGGCCCAAGUCGUCUGGGCUCUUGAGACAUGGUAAAUCGGCCAAAGCUAGGUCGAACACUCUUCCAAACAUUCCCAAGCAUUCGACACAGCCUGGUCUAAUGAAAGCGCCGUCCGCGCCAGCCUCGGCCGGACAGGCCAGGAAGUCAUCUGGCUCCAGCCUCAACUUUCAACACCAACUCGGUGCGGAUGAGGAAGAUCUGUCUUCCAAACCUCGUUGCCAGCGAUGUCGGAAGAGCAAGAAAGGGUGUGACCGCCAGCGGCCCUGUGGGCGAUGCAAGGAUGCCGGCAUUGGAAUUGAAGGGUGCAUCAGCGAAGACGAAGGAAAUGGCCGGAAAGGGCGAUAUGGCCGGCACAUGGGGGUUCCGGUCAAGAAAACCGCCGAGGACCUUCUGCCGGAACAGUCUGACUCCAUCACGGCUGAGGGAACGAUGUCAGCUGACGCCGCUGGGGUCCAUGGCAGCCCCGACAAGAACAAGAAGAGAAAGAGGUGA